UCUCCACAAACACUUUCAAUAAUACACAUUUUUUUUUAAUAUCAAUUUUCUUUUAUUAUCUAUAAUGGGAAUUUCAAGUCUUUUAAGGACUUGUUUGGUUGUAUUAACUUUGAAUAUUUUUGUUUAUAUUAUUAAUGGGCAACCUUUGGUACCAGCACUAUUUAUUUUUGGGGACUCAGUUUUUGAUGUUGGAAAUAAUAAUUAUAUUAAAACUAUAGUCAAAGCAAAUUUUCCACCUUAUGGAAGAGAUUUUCCUAAACAUAUAUCAACUGGAAGAUUUUGCAAUGGAAAACUUGCCUCAGAUUUUACAGCUGAGAAUCUUGGAUUUACUUCAUAUCCACCACCUUAUCUUAGCAAGAAUGCCCCAGGAAAAAAUCUUAUGAUUGGUGCCAAUUUUGCCUCAGGUUCAUCUGGUUACUUUGAUUCUACUGCUACCCUAUAUGAUGCAAUUCCAUUGAGCAAACAGCUUGAAUAUUACAAAGAAUAUCAGAAGAAAUUGGUGGUAAUUGCAGGGAAAAUAAAUUCUACAUCAAUAAUCAAUGGUUCAAUUCACUUAAUCAGUGCUGGAAGUAGUGAUUUUGUUCAGAAUUAUUAUAUUAAUCCUCUCAUUUACAAAGUUUACACUCCAAAUCAAUUUUCAGAUAUCCUCAUCAAGUCCUACACUAAAUUCAUAUUGGAAUUGUAUGGAUUGGGAGCAAGGAAGAUUGGAGUGUCAACAGUGCCACCAAUUGGAUGUUUGCCAGCAUCUAUUACAAUAUUUGGCAAAGACAACAACAAUUGUGUUAAGAAGAUGAACAAUGUGGCAAUGUCAUUCAACAAGAAGCUCAAUGACACAUCAAUCAAAUUGCAAAAGAAACUUUUUGGUCUCAAUCUUGUUAUCUUGGAUAUCUACCAACCACUACUUGACCUUGUCACCCACCCUGCUGAUAAUGGUUUUUUUGAAUCAAGAAAGGCAUGUUGUGGCACAGGAUUACUAGAAACAUCUAUAUUGUGCAAUGCCAAGUCUCCAGGAACAUGUGCAAAUGCAUCUGAAUAUGUAUUUUGGGAUGGAUUUCACCCAACUGAAGCUGCAAACAAAGUCUUAUCUGAUGAUUUGCUAGCCAGUGGCAUAUCCCUCAUAUCUUGAUCAUCCAACUUUGAUUGUGACCAUCCAGACACUUCAACUUGUCACCAAUCGAUAUGCAUGUAUAUCUUUAAUUGGUAUAUUCUAGAUGUGUAUUCUUAACAUUAUAGUGCUUACAGGAUCCACUUUAAAACCAACGUUAAGAUGUCUAGAUGUGAUGUAAAUUUUUAAAAUUGGGAUGUUUUAUUGUCAAUUGAAGUCAAGUUAAUAUGUCUAUCUAUGUAUUAUGCCUUCUUUCUUAAGUGGCAAAUCACAAAGUCUUACAAAAAUUAUUGUUGGUUGGACUCAUCAGUCAUCACAUUAUGUUAUAAUAAAUUCUUGUUUGAUCUU